AUGACUAUGGCAAGAAAAUCAGCGGUUAAUAUUGUUCUCGGGGCUAUGACCAUUGGCAAUGGCAAAGAACAGUCUCGGGUUACCGAUCUAGACAAGGCCAAGGAACUCUUAGAUAUCUUCCAAUCUCAUGGCUAUAACGAAGUUGACACCUCGCGUUAUUAUGGCUCUGGAACAUCUGAAGAGUAUUUAGGCAAGCUUAAAUGGCAGGCUCGGGGUAUUGUUAUGGACACGAAGAUCUACCCAACGGUAGUUUUGCCAGCAGAUAAGGACCAAUGGACACACAGGCCAGAACACUUGCGAGAAAAUCUCAAACAAUCUUUAAAAGCCCUGCAAGCCGAUAAAGUUGCUAUGUGGUAUCUGCAUGGGCCUGAUCGGUCAACACCCUACGUGGAUACCUUGAGAGCAGUCAACGAGCUUCACAAAGAGGGAUUGUUUGAUCGCUUUGGCAUAUCUAAUUAUAUGGCAUGGGAGGUCGCGCAGAUCUGCGAGAUCUGCGACGCCAACAACUGGGCUAGACCAGUCGCUUACCAAGGCAUUUACAACGCGCUGCACAGAACAGUUGAGGCUGAGCUAUUUCCUUGCCUGAGGCAUUAUGGCAUGGGAUUUUAUGCGUACAACCCCCUCGCCGGUGGCUUCCUGAUUGGCAACAUGGAUAAAAGCACCUCUGUGGAGAAAGGGUCUCGAUUUGACCCAGAACUAGCACAGGGGAAGGGCUAUCGAGCACGAUAUUGGAACGAUGCGUACUUUAAUGCGUUGGAGAUCAUAAGGCUGGCUGCUGAUAAACAUAGUUUGCGAAUUGCCGAGGUAGCCCUACGAUGGAUGACUAACCACAGUAAACUUGGCUCCGAUUAUCCAGAUGCUGUGUUAAUAGGAGCAAGCAGCCCUAUACAUAUUGAGCAGAACAUAUUAGACUUGGAACAGGGACCGCUACCAGAGGAUGUCAUAACUGCGCUAAACAAUGCCUGGGAGCUUGUUAGACCAACUACAGGAAAAUAUUGGCACUAA